ACCAUCAUCAUCAUCAUCAACACACACACACACACACACACCAGUCAAGAGGGAGGAGUGGCGUGUGUACGGUGGAGCUCCCAGUAGGCUCUUGAGGGGAGUGAGGGAAUCAUGAUAAUUAAAAUAUCAAAAUUCACAGUGUGGAGCUGAAUCAUCACACCACUAUCGAGUAGAAUUGUUUAACCAAAUGUGUGGGGAAAGAGUGACCCACACACACCAAGGGAAAACAUGACAAAUUCAGGUGAAAAUUUAUUGAACAAUGUUGAGGUGGACACUAAGGGUUGAUAUGUAUAGUGAUGAGGCAAGUUAGGAGUACCUAAUGCUGUUAUGACGGGGAACCUCCACGCUGAGGACCUCUUCUUCAGGAGGCUAAGAGUGUCCUUGCUCCUACCCACCAUACCCAGACUGCCUGCCAUCACCAAGAACCUGUCCUAUAGACGCCACAGGAAAGAACGCGUCCCAAUGAAGACACAAACAAAGUAAAACGUCCCAAUGAAGACACAGCCAAGAGAAGUUCUUGGUUGAUUCACGAGGGACAUAACAUAACACUGGCUCUUGUUGGUGGAGGCUCAGAGUCCGUCAAGCCCCCCAGCCAGGACCACCAGUUAAGGAAGCAACAUUGUGACACGCCCAAGAGCUUAUGGAUGGACUACUACGCAAGCCUGUGUCCACCCUGUCCAUCCCUGGGUCGAUGAAGGGGGGCGCAGGCGGAGGGGGUGGGCGUGGUGCGGAGGGUGAGGACCCCGGCAUAGCGCUGGUGGGCGUGCACUCCGAGUACCCGCGCUACACCGAGGAGAAGGCCGGGUCUGGUGCCUGCAAGAACGCCUCCUUCAAGCUGCGCAACAAGCCCAACGUCGGGUACCGCCUGGGGCGACGCAAGGCGCUCUUCGAGAAGCGGAAGCGCAUCUCCGACUAUGCCCUCGUCAUGGGGAUGGUCGGCAUCAUCGUCAUGGUGAUAGAGAACGAGCUCUCCUCCGCCCAAGUCUACGAUAAGUCCAAGAUUCAUUCGCUUCUUGAAUAUCCUUGGGAUUUGAGGAUACACUUCAAGAGUCCUUAA